CCUGCCUGGAUCUUCACACACAUGUGUCUCUGGGCCCGCUGGGAGCAUUGAAACAUGAACUAGACCAAUGUCAGAGCCGCGGGGGUCGGUGUGCUCCGACAUAAAUAAAUAAUAAACCGCUGCCCCCCCCUCCCCUCCCCAAAAAGGAUGAUUGGAAAUGGAGAACCGAGGAGCCACACAAAAAAAGUAUGUUCGUUUUUUUCUACACAGGAGAAAGUAAGCCAAGGAUAUAUAUUUUUGGAAUGAAAAGUUUGGGGCUUUUUUUUUUUUUUUUUUUUUUAAGUAAAGACCUGAUAUGGUGGUGUUUUCGAGGAAAUUAAUAAUCCAUCCGCAAAGAAAUUGUGGAGAAGAAAAAGUUGACCGCGGCAGAAUGAGGCAUUGAUUGGGGGAGAGGCACCCCGCAGAGCACAGUUGGAUGUGUGCCUGUGUUGACUAAAAUUGAUGGAUAAUUGCCAUUGGAUUUGUCAUCAACCUCCUUUUUUCCCUUUUAUUUUUUCCUUUUUUCUUUUUGGUGUCAAGAUUGUGCAUUUUCGCUUGUUCUUAGCCACCUGGAUUUCCAGCUGGAUGUUGCUGUGAUUCAGUCUGAAAUACAAUCAAGAAACUGAGGCUGAGGGAGAGGGGACUCACCCAGAGUCACUCAGCUUGUCAGUGACAGACAACAGUGGAACCUGUGGUUGUCAAACACAUUGCCUGUUUACGCAUGGAGACCACAAUGGAGAGCUAGACCAUUUGAGCUCCAGAAGGACCAACACCAGAUAAAUUAUGAAUGUUGAACAAGAUGACCUUACAUCCACAGCAGAUAAUGAUAGGUCCUAGGUUUAACAGGGCCUUAUUUGACCCCCUGCUUGUGGUGCUGCUGGCUCUUCAACUUCUCGUGGUGGCUGGUCUGGUGCGGGCUCAAACGUGCCCUUCCGUCUGCUCCUGCAGCAACCAGUUCAGCAAGGUGAUUUGUGUUCGGAAAAACCUACGCGAGGUUCCGGAUGGCAUUUCCACCAACACGAAAGUGAACAGCUUCAAGCACUUGAGGCACCUGGAAAUCCUCCAGUUGAGUAGGAAUCACAUUAGAACCAUUGAAAUCGGGGCCUUCAAUGGUCUGGCGAACCUCAACACUCUGGAACUCUUUGACAAUCGUCUCACUACCAUCCCAAAUGGAGCUUUUGUAUAUUUGUCUAAACUGAAGGAACUCUGGUUGCGAAACAACCCCAUCGAGAGCAUCCCUUCUUAUGCUUUUAACAGAAUCCCUUCUCUGCGCCGGCUAGACCUAGGCGAAUUGAAAAGGCUUUCAUACAUCUCAGAAGGUGCCUUUGAAGGUCUGUCCAACUUGAGGUAUUUGAACCUGGCCAUGUGCAACCUCCGGGAAAUCCCUAACCUCACACCGCUCAUAAAACUAGAUGAGCUAGACCUUUCUGGGAAUCAUUUGUCUGCUAUCAGGCCGGGCUCUUUCCAGGGGUUGAUGCACCUUCAAAAACUGUGGAUGAUACAGUCCCAGAUUCAAGUGAUUGAACGGAAUGCCUUUGAUAACCUUCAGUCACUGGUGGAAAUCAACCUGGCGCACAACAAUCUAACGUUACUGCCUCAUGACCUCUUCACACCCUUGCAUCAUCUAGAGCGGAUUCACUUGCAUCACAACCCUUGGAAUUGUAACUGUGACAUACUGUGGCUCAGCUGGUGGAUAAAAGACAUGGCCCCCUCCAACACAGCUUGCUGUGCCCGAUGUAACACUCCCCCCAAUCUGAAAGGGAGGUACAUUGGGGAGCUCGACCAGAAUUAUUUCACAUGUUAUGCUCCUGUGAUUGUGGAGCCCCCAGCAGACCUCAAUGUCACUGAAGGCAUGGCAGCAGAGCUAAAAUGCCGGGCCUCCACAUCCCUGACCUCCGUAUCUUGGAUCACUCCAAAUGGAACAGUCAUGACACACGGGGCGUACAAAGUGAGGAUAGCUGUGCUCAGCGAUGGCACGUUAAAUUUCACGAAUGUAACUGUGCAAGAUACAGGCAUGUACACAUGUAUGGUGAGCAAUUCUGUUGGAAAUACCACUGCUUCAGCCACCCUGAAUGUUACUGCAGCAACCACCACUCCUUUUACUUACUUUUCAACUGUCACAGUAGAGACUAUGGAACCUUCUCAGGAUGAGGCACGGACCACAGACAACAAUGUAGGUCCCACUCCAGCGAUUGACUGGGAAACCACCAAUGUGACCACCUCUCUCAUGCCACAGAGCACAAGGUCAACAGAAAAAGCAUUCACCAUCCCAGUGACUGAUCUAAACAGUGGGAUCCCAGGAAUUGAUGAGGUCAUGAAGACUACCAAAAUCAUCAUUGGCUGUUUUGUGGCCAUCACACUCAUGGCUGCUGUGAUGCUGGUCAUUUUCUACAAGAUGAGGAAGCAGCACCAUAGGCAAAACCAUCACGCCCCCACAAGGACUGUUGAAAUCAUUAAUGUGGAUGAUGAGAUUACAGGAGACACUCCCAUGGAAAGCCACCUGCCCAUGCCUGCUAUCGAGCAUGAGCAUCUAAAUCACUAUAACUCUUACAAAUCUCCCUUCAACCACACAACAACAGUUAACACAAUAAAUUCAAUACACAGUUCAGUGCAUGAACCGUUAUUGAUCCGAAUGAACUCGAAAGACAAUGUACAAGAGACUCAGAUCUAAAACAUUUACGGCUACAGAAAACAAACAAUUAAAAAAAAAGGACAGUUUAUUAAUAAUGACACAAAUGACUGGGCUAAAUCUACUGUUUCAAAAAAAAGUGUCUUUACAAAAAAAAAUACAAAAAAGAAAAGAAAUUUAUUUAUUAAAAAUUCUAUUGUGAUCUAAA